AUGUUUUCACCCGCUUUACGGACAGCUGCAGCUGCAGCAGCAGCAGCAGGUGCAGCAGCUCCUGGUGUCUCUGGUGCGCCGGCUUCGGCUGCUGCGGCGGCAGCGAGCGCAGCAGCAGCAGCAGCAGCAGCAAAGGCGCAGCAGCAUGGGGCUUUGGCGACGCAGCAGAGACAUUUUGGCUUCUUCGGCAGCCGCAAGGGACGGGAAGAAGCAGCAGCAGCAGGAAUAGCAGCAAAAGGUGCAGCAGCAGCUGCGACAGCAGCAACGCGUGCCGCUGCUGCUGCUCCUCCUGCAGCCCCGAAAAGCCCUGCGAGCAGCAGCAAUCCAACACCUUUGUCACGAGCAACUCCCAGCAGCAGCAGCAGCAGCAAAGGGGGGUUCUUCUCCUUCUUCAGCUCGCCAGCUGCAGCGCCAGCAGCAGCAGCAGCAGCAGCAAAGGACGCACGUACAAGCCCUCCAGCAGCUCCAGUGAGUCCGCCUGCUGCUGCGAGGCCCCUUUCUUCAGUCGACAAGAGCAGCAGCAGCAGCGGCAGCAGCAGCAAGAACAGCAGCAGCAGCAAGAAGACUCGUGUGCCGCUGCUGCAGCGACUGAAGUAUUUCGGCUUCGGCUUUUUUGCUGCUGGAACUUUGUCGCUGCUGUUGCUGCAGCAGCAAGUGGAGGACAGCAGCAACGCAGCGCUGCAAGCAGCAACAGACGCAGCAGCGCGCGUUUCGGCUCUUGAGAAUAGAAUCGACCACGUGCAGCAGCAACAGCAGCAAAGACACUGGUAG